GCUCCACAUCCCAGGCAGGUGAAUCAGUCGUGCAUCCGACACGAGUGCGUUCUGUCCUCUCCUUCCAAUCCUCUCAUUUUUCUCUGGACAAAAAAAAAAAAGUCUCCCCCAACUGCCAAAUUGCCCCGAUCACAGAACCCACAGUUUCACCCUGAGUUAUCGCCCUCACCAAUUCCCCACCCUCGAAAUAAACCCCAGGUGAAAAAAAAAAAUCUCUGGACUCUGGGUGUCCUGGGCUUCUUGGGGAUGCUGGUGCGCAUGGAACGGAACAGCUGUUCCUCCCGUUUGUGAUAAAUAAAGUGGAGGUGGGGGGAGAUGGUGUCAGUGGCUUCAACAAGUUGAGGGUAAAAAACUGAUAGCGAUUGUCGUGCUGGUGGCCAUUGGAGGUUUAUCAUCGAUUGGUGAUAGUGAAAGUGAUAUUUAUUUAUGAGGGAGGAUAAUUGUGGAAUAAUGCCACCGUCAUCACACUCCAACUGGACAAAACCCCUCCUCAAGGGUGGACAAAUGAUGCAGAUGCAGGUGAAACGUGCCACUGGGGGUGUCAGGCAAAAUGUCCAGGAACUCGACAGAAGGAUUAAAGUGGUGCUGGUGGGUGAUGGAGCUGUUGGCAAGACAAGUCUCGUUGUCUCAUACUCGACCAAUGGUUUUCCUGGAGAAUAUGUGCCCACUGCAUUUGAUAAUUACAAUGUGGUGGUCAACGUCGACGGCCUGCCCCUGAAUGUUCAGCUGUGUGACACAGCUGGACAGGAUGACUUUGAUCCCCUGAGAUCGCUGUGCUAUCCUGAGACCGAUGUCUUCCUGGUUUGCUACAGCGUUGUGUGCCCAUCGAGUUAUCACAGUGUUACUUCCAGAUGGGUGGACGAGGUCAGAAAGUAUUGCCCUCAUGCACCGAUUAUCAUCGUGGGUACAAAGAGUGAUCUCCGCUCGGAUGUUCGCCUGAUGCUGCAAUUAGCUAGAUACGGUCAGGCACCGAUAACCACAGCUCAGGGUCAUCGGCUGGCCCAGAGGCUUGGAGCAGUGAGUUACGUCGAGACAUCGGCACUUACUCAGCACGACCUGAAAGAGGCCUUCGAUCAGGCGAUAGUCAGUGCACUCAGCACAAGACGUGGUGGUGCCAAUUUGUUGUCACGUCGUAGAAAACCCCCUCCACUCUGGAGAAGAUGGUUGUGCUGUUGGGAAAGGCCGUCAUCAGGCCCCUAAGUCACUUCCAAAAAAAAAUAUUCCAAUCAUCACAAAACGGCUCUCAUUGAAACGAUUUAUUUCUGCUGUCGUGGCGGUAAAUUUCGAGUACAUAAUAUACUCUCGAGAAUUGUUCUCUUUUUUUUUCUUCGAAUCGUUCCAAUCGUGACGAUGACGAGAGAAUUUUAUUUACGUUAGGCUGAGUCGACGGAACUGCGAAUAUAGAUUUUACGUGGGCGACCGGACAAUAUUAUAAUCAACUCAAUUGAUGUCUUGCCAAGUUAGUGUUAUUAGACGUUACUCGAUGCUUGUCCCUCUGGUAAGGGUUUUAAAUCAAAAGGUAUACGAUUUUUUUUUCACUCCAUUCAUUAAGUCAGAAGCCAAGUGGAAAAAUAAACCGAUUCGAAUAACAGUCUCCUCAAAUAUCAAUUUAUUUUAAAAACAAGCGAUUUUAGGAGAAAAGACGAAAAUACAUUUUGUCUCGGAAAUUUAAUAGUCAACAAGAAAGUCCUUUUCUGUUUUCACCGUAAAUUGAUAACUUCCGAGAUAAAUCGAUAAAUGGGAAAAUUUGAAAUUUGACUCGCGUUGUUUUUCCAUUUUGUUGCUGAAUUAUUUAAAUUAUAUACGGAUUUGGUAACAAUGCGGUUGCAGUGAUAUGGUCUUCUGGUUUUUCAGUUUUCAGAGGUAUUUCCAUGAUCUCAUCUUUCGAUAAAAAACAAGAGGAAUAUUAAAGCCUUAGAAUUUCUACGACUCAUGUCGAUUAUUUCCAAUGUCUCACGUAGAGAUAAGAUUUCGUAUCAGUGACUGCAAACUAUAAAAAACUGCAGAGAAAUGAGUAAUGCAUAAUAUUUGAAAGGAGGGACUUUGAGUCGUGCUGAAGGACCAUGAACUAGAUUAUCGAACCAAUUGCCUAAUUUAGGAUAUAACAUUAUUUAUUGGAACGGUAGCUUCCUAUUAUCGUUUUUCCUCGCCACUCGCUGGUUGUGAUCAUUUUUUGAGCCCACGGACGGCAUUUGGUUGUGAUUUCUUGGGUUUUCCAAACAUUGGCUCAAUUUUUUUUUAAUUCCUGUUCUGCGGAUUUAUUUUAAUGGAAUUCAGUGGCGAUGGGGCGAAGGGUGCAAGGUCGAGUCAGCUAAUGCGUAAUUUUUCGAUGGAUAAAUCUAAAAGAUACAAGGAAAUCGACUUGUCCCAUUCACCUCUUCGUUCUUGAUUUCAAUUUUAUAUAAUUUGUAACUUUGUGGAUAUUUCUAUUUUUACCUACUGACAGUUGUUUUUAAUUAUUUUUAAGUCCGUAAUGGGAUAACGUUCAUCGAAUUCAGAUGAAUGAAUUUUAUGAAAUUUUGUAUAUUUUGAAAUAUUUUCGGUAUUUUCGGUCUCAAUCAUGUAAUUGUACAUAUUAAUUUAAUAAUUAACUGCAAUACUCUGGUGUUUAUUUGGUAUUAAUGAUUUCAGAAAUCGACCAGCGGAUCAUUGCGUUGAUGUAAGCGAAUUUAGACUGAUGAUGAUGUAAUAAUUAAUUUAUAGUAUUAUAGACGCUUACUCGGAAUAAUUAAAUUGACGGUAUUUUUUUAAGAAAACUAAAUUAGAUGUUCUUUGUU